AUGCUCAUCGACUACAACUUCAAGCACGGGACCCUGCUGUUGCUGCGCCUUCUGCCUACCGAAUCGAAUCCGAUGAAGGGUUCCGCUUCCGCUAUGACGCCGCUCAGCAUGUCCUUCGGUUCGGCCAUCACCGAGCAGCCCCCGCACCCGGUGCUCGACCGGUCGCGGGACUCCAGCACCCCGUCGCCCUGCUCCCUUGCCGCCCUAUCGGCGAAAGAGCUGUGCAGCAAGGCAGCCAACGAGCUUCUGACCACCGAGCGCACCUACUUGAGCUCCCUCACCACCCUCAUCAAGGUCUACGUGGUUCCCCUCCAGGAGCAGCCGUUCUGGACGAACAGCAAUGCAAAGAAGGAGAACAGCAAGAGCUUGUUCACCAUCCUGGAGUCCAUCCAUGCGUUCCACCGACACCUCCUGGAUCAGCUCGAGGCGCUCAUGGCUACCUACACAUAUGAAACCCAGCUGGGGCACGUCCUGGUCCAGAUGAUGCCUUUCCUGAAACUGUACAGCGAGUACUGUUCGCGCUACGACAAGUGCACGGCUGAGCUCAAGAAGAUCUUCUCCUCCGUCAUCGCCACACGAUGGCUCGAGAAUUGCCUCAACAACGACGCGUGCCACAACCUCAACAUCUACGCCUUCCUCAUCAUGCCGGUUCAGCGCAUCCCUCGAUACAAGAUGCUCAUUGACCUUCUCAUCAAGCACACACCUCCAGACCACGGGGACUACGAGAACCUGCUCCAAGCACAGAAGAAGAUCGUGGAUGUGGCGCAGUGGGUGGACAGCUACAAAUCAAACAACGACAUGAUGGCCGAACUGUCGGGGAAGAUCGUCGGCAUGGGCGUGCCGCUGAUGCAGGCCGGCCGAAAGUUCAUCUUCCAGGGCCAGCUCUCCAAGAAGCCGUCGUCGGGAAAGUCUGGAGCGACGACGGUGCGGUGGUUCUUCCUGUUCAGCGACGUGCUGAUCUACGCCCAGGAAAAGAAAAAGGCCUUCGUGUACAAGGGCUCCAUCAACCUCUUCCCCGCCAAGUUCAACCUAUGCGUUGAGGACCUGCCCUUGACACCCACCUUCUUCUUCUUCACUGCACCCAAGGCUCACAACGACCGACUCAACAACACAACAGAAAAGCUAUCGUUCCAGAUCGUGGGCAAGAGGAAGGUGCUGCUGGUGCUCAUUGCCCGGACGCAGCAGGACAAGGACAACUGGAUGCGAGAACUCAACAACGUACUCAAUACGGAGGACUCCGCCAAGUCUGGAGGUACACCGCUACCACCACUCCCCCGCCACUCGCACCACGGCUGA